UUUUCAAUUUUCCCACAUUACUCUGUUUCCACUCCCAACACAAAACUCUCAUCUUCUUCUCACUUCUCACUCACUGCGCCCAACAACAAUUUCCCCCAUCCAACCUCAUACUUAGGGUUUAUCUAUCACACACAUCUCUCACACCGAAAACCCUCUCAACAAAACCCUACUCUUCCCGAAUCAAGAUCCCUCAUUCUCUUUUCGCGAUUCCCCGUCGUUGCACGUUCCGAUUGGUCCGCGUGGGUUCCGUUUCAUAAUCGAAGUUGGAAACUUUGGUGGAAAAAGAGAUGAAACGCAGCGUUGGAAACUUCCGUGUUGCGCAAUGUCGACAAUUGCGAAAAAGAACUUAAAUUCAUUUCUUUUUUUAUUGAAAGAUUUUAUCAAGGUUUCUGUGUGUUCGUUGAAAACAGUUAAGGAAUCUGUUACGGGGAUUCUUGAUUGAGUGUGAAAGUUGGUUUUUUUUUUUUCAUUAUUGUGUUGCUUAAUUGGGACUGUUGUGUUGGUUGAAUAUCUGGUUUGCGAUUUAUAUAUGUAUAAUCAAGGGAAUCACGGUUCGAAUUCGGGACAGGGUUCAAUCCCUCCACCUCCUCCUGUACUGCUGCCACCGCCACCACCACCACCGCCGUUGAGUUAUCAGCAGGCACUUCCGCCUCCUCCACCGCCGCCUCAUUUUCAGCAUUUUGCCCCACCACCAGCUCCGCAUGUUUAUUUACAUGGAUCCCCGCCCGUGCCAAAUACUAGACCUUCAUAUUCCAUUCCCUCUCAAAUGCACCAUGGAAAUGGCAUGGGUCAACAAACAUUCCCUACCAUUGGACAAAAUUCCCAACAUUCUUCAAAUUUAGGUGUCCAUUGUCAUACCAUUCCGCCCCCAGUUCCUCCCCCUAUUGGCCACUCUCAUCAGGAGACAUCUUGGGCUCCUAGGCUGCCAAGUAGAGUGUUGCCACCUCCUACCUCUUCUUCCCAAGGACAAAUUUUGCAUAACCAUCGUCAUCUUCCUCCUCCACCACCCCCUCCCCCUUUUCAUGCUCCGUCUCCUGAUGGCGUUUAUGGUCAUUCAACUGUUGGGAAUUACCACCACAUGCCUUCCAUUGCCCCUCCACCGUCACUACCGCCAUUGCCAAGCUCUCCGCCACCGGUUCUGCCAUCUCCCCCACCUCCUGCCUCUCUUAUAGCUUCUACAUCCUCCCAAGCUGCAUGCACCGAUGACCCUUACUCUAAGGAGGUUCCUAGAUUUGAAUCAAAGGCUGUGGAGUCAGUAGAAGGAUUUGUAGCUUCCUGUCCAUCUGAUACUGUGUUUGUACAUAAAUCUGAUUCUGAAGCCAAUCAAGAUGUUGGAAAUUGUGGUGAUGUUGCUCUGGAUCCCCUCAGAGAUGAGCUAUUGCCGACUAAAAGUGUAAUAUUGGAUCUUACCCCACCUCUGCCCCAGUCUGCAGAAGAAAAUACUGUAAGUGCUGAUUCUGACAUGGAGAUGGAAGAUGAUAUCACACUUUCUGACAAAGACCAAGGAUCAACUUAUGCAAUUGAAGGGGUAACUCUGCUGCAUGAUCGGGUUGAUGAGGUGUUUAACAUUAAUGAGAAAAUACAGAGGCUGCAGAGUUCAAUACAAGACGAACCUGCUAAGGGCAUCUUAUCCAGUGGUGUAUCAUGCUCUGGAUCCACAGGAGUCAGCAAAAAAAAUGAAGGAGUAGGACCUGCAUCUGAUGUUGAGCCCAUGAAAUCUACAAGAUCAGAUACCAAGGUUCUUAGUCCCGCGAAUGACUCAAUUGAAUUGGCUGAAGCCCUCCCAAGCACUGGGCCGGGAAGAUUGGAAGUUUCUCUAGACAAGGACUUUAUAAGAAAUGGUACUUCCGAUCUUGGCGAAGCCACCGAUUCCAACAGAGAUUCUGAGCAACUUAUGAGGAUCGGCAGCCCGAUUAGACUUCUUCAAAAUUAUGCUUCUGAUGAAACUUCAGAUAAUGAAGAUGGAGGUUGUACAGAAGAUGCUAAUAAUGUUAAUACAGACUCUGCAGGAGCUGAUUCUUGUGUUCCGGAUGCCCUUAAAGAUUGCAAGAGUAAUUUGGAGACUGGUCUUGGAUCUAAAAGUCCCUCUUAUACUGAAAAGGCGAUUGGUCUGCUCUCCAAAGCAUCACAUAAUAAUUCAGAAAUAUCUCCAUGUUUAGUACAGGAGCCCGAGGUAACCUGUAAAAGUUCCAUCUCACGUACUAGUGAUGGGUGUGUUGCGCCUAACAUUGAAAAUCAGGUGUCUGUUAAUUUUGCUUCUUCAGUUGGAGCUUUACAAGUAGAAGACAGGUUAGGUGAUACUGGUUUUGACAUUGAUAGUAAGAGUGGUACUGCUGAACAAAAACGUGAGAAGGAAACCUCAAAGUUUGAACCAACUGUUCUAAAAGUAGAUGAAUUCGGGAGGCAUAUCAGAGACGAUGCUUCAGAUAGCGGCUCUGAUGAAUCUCGCAGUCAUCGGACUAAGAGGACGAACAAAAGAGAUAGAAGCCGGAGUCGCAGCCGGUCUCGAUCUCCCAUUGACAGAAGGAGUAGGAGAAGAAGAAGAAGUCCUCGGAGGAGAAAGCAUAAAAGAAGCCUCUCUCGCAGCUGGUCUCCUCGGCGGCGUAGAAGCAGGAGUAGGUCUCCAAUCUUAAGACGUUCAGGUGACACUCAUGGGGAAAAUGUGAGAAGGAACAAGGAUCAAUGCUAUGAUUUCUUACGUAAAAAGUGCUAUCGUGGAGCAUUAUGUAGGUUUGCGCAUCAUGAAUCUGACAGGAGUGCUACUUCAAGGCACUCCAGGAAUAAACAUGAUCUGGAACUUGAUUCUCGUGAAAAAAGUUCUAGGGUUAAUGAAGAAGUUAAGAGUAUUUCUUCUAAAGUGUCAGAUUAUGAGCAUGAUGGAGUCAGAAAUCAGGACACAGAUCUUCACCAGAAUAUAACUGGCCAGGAAGUAGUGCAAAGAAAGGAAGAUUCUGAGGGCCACGCCGUUGUGUCUACUACCUUUGGUAUCGAUGGUCAAUCGUUUAACAGCAUUCCAAGUUCUGAACGUGUUAGAGAGGUUUCUCCUAAGGUGCAUGAAACCUUAGUAGUUGUAGAAAAGCCCAAGACUUCAUUACAUGAAAGUGGUAGUUUUCAGAAUGCAUUAAGUUCUCAUCAGCAGCACUUAGUUGAUGACUUUCAGCCUGAAGCUUUAAUUCAUGCUGAUGCUUCUAUACCAUCUGGUAGUACAUCUAAAGAUGUUAUUCCAUCAGAAGAUGGUUCAUUUGUUCAGCAACUACAAUCCAAUGUUUCUGUUGAAGUUCCAGAACAUUCUGGUGGUACAUCUAAAGAUGUUCUUCUUUCAGAUGCUGGUUCAUUUGUUCAGCAUCUACCAUCCAAUGUAUCUGUUGGAGUUCCAGAACAUUCUGGUUACCCAUCUCAGCUUCUAAAUGUGGCCGGUGCGACUGGUUUGUCAUCUGAUAAAAGAUCUGCUAAUGAGGUUUCUGGUAGUGAACCUUUACCAUUUACGUUACCAUCUACACAACUACACUCGGCCACUAGUUCUAUUGGUCCAUGUGUAGCAUCAGAGCAGCCUUCAUUGCACCCUCAGGGUUUUAAAGAGUUACCUCCAAUAAGUGUUUCAUCGGUGCAAAUCCCUCUUCAUACUUACCCAUUGCCAGCCUUUGCUGGUUCACAUUUCCAGGGUGAAAAUGCCGGGCAUAUGCCACAAAUUCCAAGGCAGUAUGGUGUGGCGCAGCAAAAUGCAUUAUUUCCUUUCCAAUCUCCUUACCCACCUUCGUUACAGACACCAAAUUCUCAUUUCAGUGUACCGCCUCAUAGCUCUUGGACAUCAUUGCCGCUGCCACCGCCGCCUCCACCACCAUCACAGGCCGUGUAUAAUUCCAGUUCUAACUUGGGAGUUGCAAAAUCCUUUAUUUCUUCCGAAUUUAAUCAGAAUCAACUGCAUUCAAGAUCUGAUUAUGUUUCCCAGACUUCCUUGAUUCAUGGGUUACCAUCUAAUUCUCAAAAUUCGAAGUUUGAAGAUCAACCUUACCCUCCAAUGCAGGACCAUUCACAAACUUUCGUGCGUACAGAACCUCUAUCUCCCAAGCAUCUUCAUCAGGGGAACCCGGCAUACCAAUCACUUUCAAGCUCCACAUCUUUUGGUGGCCUGCAUCAUCAACCAAAACAAUUUUCCUGGGAGUCAGAUGUGAACAGACCACAACCUUCUUUGGGCGGCAGGUUGCCUCCUGAAGGAAAUUUCAGCACUUCCUCCCACAUUCAUCCAUUAUCACAGCAACAACAAUCAGUUCAUAAUUUUCAAUAUGCUUCAUCUGAUGUUAAUUUGCCCGGACCUGGAGGAACUGCUACUGUAUCCAGAUAUCCACCAGAUAUUCCUGAUAGCAACCAUUCAACUUCUCUUCCGGCUUUUGGACCAUCAAGAGUUUCUGCCCACUAUAAUCCUUAUGCAUCAACCUUUGAGCAGCCGCUAAGUUCAAAAUUCAGUUCUAGCUUUUUACGACAAGAAAAUGAUAUAGUUUAUGGUAAAAAUUAUGGUCCUUCUAGAUAUAGGGAAGGGGAUAGUGUUGGAUCAAGGCAUACAGCAUCGCCCAAACCAGCAGCAGCUGUUGGUCGGAUCUUGCCAGGGUCUGGUGAACAAUAUGAUCCACUUUUUGACAGCAUUGAACCAUCAUCAUCUUUGAAGAAAUUUGAUUUUGAGCAGAAGCAGGAAGUUACAGGUGAAUCCAAUUUCAGCCUAAGGCCUAAAAGUUCUCAUAUGUCUUUGGAUGCCAAAGAGAAGAAGCAUGAGAAGGUUGGGGCUGUUGCCUCUACCAGUUCUCUAAAUAAUGAUGAAUAUGGGGAGACAGCAGAUGCUGAGGUGGGUGCUGUUGACAAUGAAAGCCUAAGUAAUGAUGUAGAUGUUGCAAACAUGUCUCCGGAGGAGGAUGAGAUUAAUCAGACCAAAUCUCCAGGGAAAAGAAAGAAGAGCAAGGAUUCUAGAUCAAUGAAAUUAUUCAAAGUUUCCAUUGCAAACUUUGUAAAAGAGGUUUUGAAACCAUCAUGGCGACAGGGUAAUAUGAGUAAGGUGGCUUUCAAAACCAUUGUGAAAAAGACCGUAGACAAGGUGUCGGGAGCCAUGAAAGGCCAUCGUAUACCCAAAUCUCAAGAGAAGAUAAGUCAAUAUAUUGACUCAUCACAGCGGAAGUUGACUAAACUUGUGAUGGGUUAUGUUGACAAAUAUGUCAAGGUGUGAAGGUUGGAAGUGAACUUUACCAAUGUUUCUUCAAUAUCUAAUUGUCAGUCUACACACUUUUGUAGAAAAUACACUAGUGCUUACCUGGAGUUUGCCCCCUUCAUUUAAAAGAGUAUUGGAAGAUGAUCUGUGACAAUAGUUCACCAGCAUUCCAUUUUCCUGAAGAUUUCUUGGUCAACCUCAAAUGUGUAUGUAUAUUGUGAUAUACUAGUUAUUAUUUUGUAGUACGUUGAAAAGGGCCGGCCACCCAUAAGAAGUCGGAUUUUUCCCAAAGUUCUCUCGAUGUUUUAAUGAGCUCAUAACGUUAAAGAAAUUGUAGUAAAAAAAAUUACCGCAAGGAAAGAGUAAAAUUUUCCAUUCUUUUUUCUUGUGCAAAUUUUCUUAUUCUUUUGACAUAAGUACACUAGGUUCCAAAGUGUCUCUGUCUCUGGUUGAUAGAGAUUUUACUUGUGGGGAGGGGAUUUGAAUCUACUUUCCCUGGUAUAAACUCAGGUUAGCACCACAGGCUAAUUCUCUCUGGUAAUGUCAUUGGUUUUUACAAUGUAGCGUGCUACAUGUGAAAAUGGUGUUUUCGUAGUGCAUUGUUUAGUUUACUUCUUUUUUUAUUGUACAUUCAUGUAUGUGUACCAGGAGGAGUGAUUUAAUUUUAGGUUAUUAUCUUACUGCUUCAUAAAAUAGUCAACUUUUUGAACUAUAGGUUGUGUCUUGGCUCAAAUCCCUGGGAUUUUCUUGACCUUGCACAUGCCUUGAUCAACAAUUCACUGCCAUGGGAUUUAGUUCUAUGUCUUGGUUGACUACAUUUUUUUUUACAACAAUUGCAAAAUCGUUUUCAAGCUUCUACCAAGUCUUAACAAAUCGGGGUAAUCCAACAUGCAAGCUUCAAAAUGAUUAUUUGUCAUAUCUUUUACGUCUAACCUUCUCUUUGUAGAGCUCGUUGAGAAGAACCAUUAUAUAAUACGCCACAAUGCGUCUCAUUUUGCUGCUAAAGCACAAGAUUCAC